CUCAGGGCUCCAGACUGAAGUAGCGUCACACCUCCCAAGCCCCGCCCUCUCCCCUUAUUUGCAUGGGAAAGACCGAGUAACCAAUGGGAGCGAACCUUGGCAAAGGGGCAUUGAUGGGAUAAUGUUCGCUCUCCCUCGGAAUCUACUCCUCCCCUGCCUGCCCGAGAGACUGCCGGCCUGAGAGACACCCGCUGACUGUCACACGGGGAGACUGCCUGGGAGAGACUGCCGUGGAAGGCAGAGACUGUGGGGAGAAGGAGCCAAUAGUACCGUGCUGCUAGCAUUGCCUGUAGCAAGCCGGAUAAGCGAUACUGAGAGCGCGGAGAUCCUGUCACUGACCGGGAUACAUUCGCUAUCGCCUGGGGCUCCGACAGGAAGGAUGACAGAAGCCACUGAACGGAGACAGUGAUCGCCUGGCAGACAAAGACUCAGCGCCACCAGGACAUUGUCACAUCUCACUUGGUUACCGAUCGGAUCCAAUAACCGGCACAGGGAGAUGCCGACUAUAGACUGAUCGGCUCGGUCAAGCGUCUGUAGGCUCCAUAUCGGCUCCAGCAAGCAGCUCGGAUUCCACGCACAUCGGGGGGAGCAGACUGAGCUGGAACAAUGAACUAUCUGGAGCUGAAACUAUCGACAGUCAUAUGAAAAAGUUUGGGAACCCCUCUGAGCCUGCAUAAUAAUUUACUCCACUUUCAACAACAAAGAACGGUGAAUGUUUUGGCCAAAGCUCUUUAUGAUAAUGUGGCUGAGUCACCAGACGAGCUGUCUUUUCGCAAGGGGGAUAUCAUGACUGUACUUGAACGAAACACUCAGGGUCUUGAUGGCUGGUGGCUUUGCUCUCUACAUGGAAGACAGGGAAUUGUCCCAGGAAACAGGCUGAAAAUUCUGGUUGGAAUGUAUGACAAGAAGCAGGGUUCUGGUGACCAGUGCCAGCAGAAGUCUCAGCAACAACCACAGCAGCAGCCACCCCAAACUCCACUAACUUGUCAACACCAGGGAGUCUAUAAUGUGGUCACAUCAACAAAUCAGUAUACACCAAUGCAAUCUGCUUACCAGAGUCCAGGUGGAGAAAAUGUGUAUUUGAUGCCAGCACUUUCUAAGGGGCAGCAGGGGCUCUAUCAGAACCCUCAGGGGCAACCGCAUCCAGGUCAAACAACACCAUCAAAACAAGCCACCUUGUACCAGAACCAGCCUGCUCAGCACCAGUUUCCAGGCCAAGAACAAGACAUCUAUCAAGUCCCACCAUCUAUGAACCAACCACAGGAGCUCUACCAAGUUCCAGUGGGAUCCACAAGCCCUCCUCAGCUUCAGGAUGUCUAUCAAGUCCCACCUUCUUCUGGAACAGUACAAGACAUAUAUCAGGUUCCAUCUUCAAUGACCUCUUCACAGGAAAUAUAUCAAGUACCACCAUCCAUGGAUAUGAGGGGAGCGGAGGUCAGGAAGAUGCCUGGAAAGGUUGUACUUCCUACACGCGUUGGCCAAGUUUAUGUUUAUGAUGCACCGAAAUCAGAGCAACAGGAUGAAUAUGAUGUCCCCCGACACCUUGGCCCUUCAGGACCCCAGGAAAUCUAUGAUGUUCCUUCGAGAUGCUUAGUGAACAAUUACAGCCCAGAGGUGUAUGACAUUCCUCCUAUGGCUGUAAAAGGCCCGGUCAGCAGACAACAAACACAAGAGAUUUAUGAUAUCCCUCCUAGUGUUGAAAAAAACUUACACGACCAGCUUCAGUCUCACUUAAUGAUAUAUGAUAUCCCACCAUCUGUCAGUAAAGAUGUUCCAGAUGGUCCUACAAGAGAGGAAACGUAUGAUUUCCCACCUGCUUUCUCAAGUCAGAAAAUGCAAGGUCUACCACAAGCUACUACUCAUGCUGUCCAUGAACAUGAUCCAAAUAUCCCAGAAGAGAUCUAUGAUAUCCCACCUACUGCAAUUAAAGGCAGUGAUAUCUCAUUUUCCCAAGAGAUCUAUGAUGUACCUCCCAGCCUUAGAAAGCCUGCAGGACAAACCUUCCUUCAUGAUGUUUAUGAUGUUCCAAGAGAGUUUCAUUCAGGAAAAUCAACCACUGAAAUUGAAACAGAUUAUAUAUAUGAUGUACCUCCUCAGGUGGAUAGGGAAAUAAAAGCUGUUGAUGAAUCGGUGGGAAACUUUAAACGUCUCUCAGCUUCCAGUACUGGUAGUACGAGAAGUAACAUCUCCACCUCUUCACUUGACACCAUCCCAGUUAAAGAAUCCGCUGUAAUUUUACCCAAACCUGUCGGAAAAGAGCUGAACCUCGAUUUAGAAGCUGCUAUGGAACUGCUGGUCAAGUUACAACACGGUGUGAAUAGUUCCGUUUCUUACUUAAUGUCAUUCUUAAAUGGUCCCUGGAGGAGCGUGGAGCAGAUGGAGGCCAACAUUCAGAGCAUUCAGUCUGCAGUGGAAGGAGUGAAAUCUGCAAUGAAGGAAUUGCUCGAGUUUGCCAGAGGAGCAGUAGUAAACUCUGUCCAAGCUUCUGAUAGGACUCUACACACCAAACUAAGUAAACAGCUACAGAAGAUGGAAGAGGUUUACCAACAACUGAUUAAAUAUAGCCAAGCUUUGGACAAUUGCAACUGGUCCUUGGACAUUCUGGCAACCAACAAACAAAGCACAUCUGAUGACCUGGAGAGAUUUAUUAUGUAUUCCAAGGGAAUACCUGAUGAUGUGAAGCAGUUGGCUUCCUUCCUACAUGGAAAUGCCUCUUUACUGUUUAAAAGGGCCAAGCAUCAUCUUUCCCUGAGUGAUUUGCAGGACAAUAGCAAUCACUUUUCUAAUAACAACAAUAACUUGUCAGUGGGACAAACAGGACACACAGAAAAAACUAGCAUACAGUCAAGACCCCUGCCAUCCCCUCCUAAGUUUAUAGCCGAGGAGUCUCCUGAAGGACAGUAUGAGAAUAAUGAGAGCGGUUGGAUGGAAGAUUAUGACUAUGUACAUUUGCAGGGAAAGGAGGAAUUUGAAAAGACACAGAAGGAAUUACUAGAAAAGGGAAAUAUAAUAAAGCAAGGAAAAGGUCAUCUAGAGCAGCAACAGCUAAAACAGUUUGAACGUCUACAGGAGGAGGUCGCACGACCCAUUGAGAGUGACCUUUCAAACUGGACGCCUCCUCAGCACUACAGCCAGGUUCGGAGUGCACUUGGCAAUUCAGAUCGACAGUUGCUUCUUUUCUAUCAAGAGCAAUGUGAAGCCAAUGUGACCACCCUCACCAAUGCCAUCGAUGCCUUUUACAGUUCCAUCAGUAGCAACCAGCCUCCCAAAAUUUUUGUGGCUCACAGCAAGUUUGUCAUCCUUAGUGCACACAAGCUGGUCUUUAUUGGAGACACCUUGUCACGCCAAGCCAAAGCUCAGGACAUACGAAACAAAGUCACUCACCACAGUAACAUACUAUGUGACAAGCUCAAGGAGAUCGUUCUCACCACCAAGACAGCUGCACUUCAAUACCCAUCUCCCGCAGCAGCCAAGGAUAUGGUUGAUAGAGUCAAAGACCUAAAUAGCAGUACCCAACAGUUUCGAAUGGUUCUUGGUCAGCUAGCUGCGAUGUGAAUGAACACUGGCAUAGUUAUUUAGACACUCGGCAUGCCUGAAGCUAAUAUGGAAUUAAAGAAGUUAGCUCAGUGAGCUCGCUGUGGCUGCCAUGUAUUGUUUGAUUCUUCACAUUAAAAAAAAACAAAAAAUAAACACAUAGAGAGACUUACCAGGCUGGAGAUGAAAGCUUAAUUAGAAAAUACACAAAAGGAAAUUUCCUCAAGGAAUGUUGGACUAACAUUCGGUAUCAAUGUAUAUAUUGGGAAAUCUUUGUUAGUUAAUUCUACAGUAUGGACUCAUAAAAGGCCAGAACCUAUGAUUUUUUUCUUUUUAAAGACUAUGCUCAUCAGGUGUUUAACCUUCAAUGCCAAUAUGGUGUCAACACUGAGGCAACUUCGGGCGACUAUGUAAAACGCAUCGAGUUUUUUCAUUAUAGCCUAUGGGAAAACACGCUGAGGCAGUUCGGGGAGAUAGUCGCUCAGAAGACGAGGCGAUUAGUCGACAGGCGACAAAAUCUCCCCGAAUCUCUCGCCUCGUGUGAACUAACCCUAAAGAGGAGUAGGGUUAGUUGAAAAGAAUAUUAAAAUACUUCUAAAAUCCCAUGUAGCACUAAUUAAAAAAAAUAUGCCAUUUUCUGCUGUAUGAGAGACACUCAUUGUCAUGGAUUACUUUUGUCUUAUCUGCAUUCAAAGAAAUUUGAAAUAUCAUGGAAAUUGUAUUCAUAAAUCAGUUAAUGCACUAGAGGCAAAUGUAAACCAACGUUUCUGGUACACAAGUGCUCUGUUUCCCCUUUAAUGCUGUUUUACUAUUUCUAAUAAACCUGUAUUUGCUUAGGGUUGGAAAAACACUAUUACGCUAGAAAGACUCAAAUGAAUCCAGGGAUGAAGAUACAAUGCCCAUCCCCUCAGUACUUUGACACUGCAUCUGCCUGGUGAAGCCAUGCUCAUGUAGCAUACAAAAUAAAUACCUGUAUACAUGGUGGGGGGAAAAGUUAAAAAAAUAAAAAUAAGAUAUACUAUAAUAUACACUGGCAUUUUUAAUUUGUUGCAUUUAAAGUAAAAACCAUGUGGUUCAA